GCUAAUACACCAACUCUUCGGACGAUCUCUCCCCCACGCCGCACCAUUCGACACGCCCACUGUUUCCUCGACAAUCUCAUACCUGCACGAAUACCUGUGACUUGCGCCGGCGAUCGUCGAGAUUUCAAGGCCCUUUCGUCUUCCCACCACGCUCCAUCGAAGGCUGCUCGCUUGGGCAGACGGGCGGUUUUUAGCGACUGCAGUUCAGUAGUUGCAUGUCAGCUUCUGGCCAAUAUCUUUCCGCAGACCCCUCAGCCUUCCCAACUUCUGAAAUCGACCCCUACAUGAACAACCCCAUGAUUCGCCAGUCCACCGCUCCCAACAUGAUUGGCCUCAACAACGCUGCCUUCAUGCAGCCACAACCCCCCAACCCCCACGGUGGACCCAACCCACCAAUGGGGAUGCUUCCAGGUGGUCCAGAUAUGCGCUUCCCGCAAGGACAUGCCGCCAUGGUCCCUCGUAACAUGGCAAUGCGACCAGGUCCAAGCGCACGGCCACCUGGCAUGAACCCGGCAAUGGGUGGUAUGGGUGGACUUCAGGGCAAUCCUCAGAUGCCAGGAGGAGGAAUGGGUUUUCCGGCUGGGAUGAUGCCGUCGGGUGGAAUGGGUGGUGUGCGACGCGUUGUAUCGAACCCUGUCGGUGGGAUGGGAGGGAUGCCUCCGUCGAUGAUGCAGCAGCAGCACCAGCAGUUACAGCAGCACCAGCAGCAGCAACAGCAGCAGCACCAGCACCAGCAGCAUCAAAUGCAUCAACAACACAUGCUACGUCUGCAGCACCAACAACAGCAGCAGCAACGGGUUGAGAUGAUGCGGUCUGGCAUGGUUCCUACCCCAGUGCGAGGGACGCCCAUGGCGAGUUUGAGCCAGCCGCCUUCUCUCAACCAAGUUCAACCAUCGAACAUGUCGGCGAAUGCAUUCCCGAAUCCUGGUCCUCCUCCUCCAUCAUCUCCACGCACGCACACGCCUGUGAUGAACCUUCCGACUGGCCAGCAACAACAACAACGGGCCCCGGCGCAUAUGUUUGACAUGGAGUAUUCCCAUAAUCAGUUCCAACAGCGACCGAUGAUGGGGAACGGACAAUUCCCAUUCCCACCUUCCUCGACUCCGCCACUGAAUAUGAACGAAUCGUUUCCUCCUUCAGGCAGUACACCUGGUCGCGCACCGGGAGCAUUUCCUCCCACGCCAGCGCAGCAGCUGUCGAUGAAUCACAGCAACGAAAACUAUGGCUUUAUGUCUCCCCGGCCUCCAUCACAGCAACAACAGACCCGUGCGCCGCAGCACUCCCCCCAACACCACGAUCUCCGUCCUGAAUCACAGCCGCCACCCUCGGGACCUCCCACCGGAAGAACCCUGACGCCUCGUCCAGGGCGGGUGCCAAUGCAGCCCUCUCCAGCUCAAGGCACCCCACCGUCCAACUCUUCUGCUCCGGCGGCAAUAGCGCCUCGACCUCCAGCACCUGGGAGCUCCGAUGGAACGAUGAUGACAGGCUCUGCCUCUCCUCCAGAAAUGGCUCCAGGUCCCCCGGUCCCUCGCAUGACAGCCAAUCCCUUGUUGUACUCGAUUGGAUACGGGCAAGGGGUGUUACGGAUGAUGCAGUUCAGUGGAAUCUUGGGCUCCAUCAACCCCCAGGCUCAAAGUCAAAAAAUGCAGGUUUCCUACUGGGACCUGGUGAUACGAGAGUACUUCACGCCGAAAGCGGUCAUGAAGUUGACGUUGUGGAGAGAUAGCAUGAAAAACGAGGCCAAGCCUUUCGAAAUCGGUGUUCCCAUCCUCCCACGAUUCUUUCUUGUCACCACGCAGUCUGGUGUCAAGUCGAUGUCGCUGACUCUCGAUGGUGCACGAGAAAGAGUAGCCUCCCCCGGGCAUGCCAUCGUCGAGUGCGUUGCUGCAGAAUGGACAUGCCGAUACACCAACGGGCAUGUCGUCACUCUGCGCGGGCCAUUAAAAGCACGUCUUGUGAUGUGUUCUCUUUCCCCGACCAGUGCAACGCCGUUUGUGCUCAAAUUCGACGAUCUCGAGUUUGAUGCCACGUCACACGACAAGUAUGUCCUGAUCGAUUCCAUCCUCGGCCGCAGACCCGUGCCAGACCAGCGGCGAGGAGAUGAUCCGUCUCCUCCUGCCGGGGGCGACGAGGACCGUGGCGAGCCGAGAGUGCCGAUUGAGACUGGUUCGAUCCAGGAGAGCCUGUGAAUGGGUUUGGCAUUCCGCAGGCCACUAUGCGCUGUCUAGAGUUGGCUGAGAGCGUUGGACAAAUGGCAGAGUUGAUAUCUUAUGCCAGAGACCAGACUGUUGGCCCGAUUGACGCUUUAAAAGCGUUUGCCCAGAAAUUGCGUGAAGAGCAACCUGGGCUCCUCUCGAGCAAUCCCGGGGCAUUCUUCGGACUUGCAGGGCAACCUGCGCAGGGCAACACAUUGUACUCUAGCGCGCCGUCGUCUGUCAUAAAUGCAGCACAGACGCCAGCCUCGACAAGCUCGCCGCAGAACGGGCCGCCUUCGGCCCACAACUCCCCUCAAAAGCAGCACAAGAUGAUUCCGGCAAAAGCAACCGCUGCUGCGGCCGUGUCUGCUGCCCCGUCAACCCCGACGGGCACUCCCCCCGUGCCUAAUGCCACGCUUAAACGGAAGAUCCCGGCCGACAAUGCGGCUAGCGCAGUCGCAGAACCGCCUUCGAAACGGACGACACGGCGGAGACGGGGCACUGGGGGAGGUGGCUGAUCUGUUCGUCGGUUCUGUGUCCUGUUGCUUUCUUGUUGCUACUCUAGAUAUGUAUCUUACUUUAUCUACUCGGUCUAUUUAUCACAUCGUCUGUACUUGUAAUACUCCAGCCAUCAUUCCAUCUGUCACCCUCUGUCGCGUC